AUGGAAUCCAAGCAAGUUAUUGUCAUCAUCGCCAUCGUCAGCUGUUUGGCUCAAGUUCAAGGUUACACCGCAAUUUUCCCACCAUCCCAACACCCCUCCAACCCAAAUGCCUGCUAUGACGAACAAGUCGGCGCACUGUACAAGGUUGGCACGGAAAACAAUCGUCCCGGUCAAUGCGAACGCAUCUUCUGCUUCAAGGACUUUUCCAUGGUGUUGCACGGUUGUGGCCUCGUAGCUGCCGGACCUGGUUGCGAAGUUGUACCCGGUGACCUCAACAAACCAUACCCCUUCUGCUGCGAAACCGUUAAGUGUGCCCCCAUUGUCGAUGACGAAGGAAUUUACGAAAACACAAUAUAA